AUGAUGACAUCUUCUGAAAGGACGAAUCAGACAUUGGACAAACAUGUCGGUGAUUCUACGGACAGUGAUAAUGAAGAAAAAGAAGAUGGUGAACUUGAAGAGGGUGAAGUUGAAGAAGAAUUUGAUGAAAUUCCUCCUCAACAAAAAGAUGAUGCCAAAGAAAAUAAUCGUGAUAAUAAUAAUACAAAUGAUGCAACUAUUGAACAAGAUAAUACAAUUGAUAUAAAUAAUCAUUUAAAUAUGGGUGCACAAAAAUUUCGACGUCGUGAUUAUCAUCAUCAUCAGCAUCUAGGUCCACCACGUUUAAAUAGUUUAGGAGGAGGAGGAGGACAACAAGAUAAACGUAAUAAACAUGAACAACGAAGAAAACGACGUCAUAGUGGUGAAGAACGUGAUGAUAGAAAUCGAAAACCACCAUAUAAACGUGGAAAAUUUCGUGGUGGACCAAUGCCAGAUUUACCUGACGAUGGUGAAGAUGAAGAAAUGCAAAUGUGGCCACCGAGAGGACAAAAUCGUGGUCCACGAAAGCAACAGUCUGAUAUUUUAUCGAAUGAAAAUUCUGAAUCAGCAGAAUCUGGAGAUCAACAAUCAUCUUUAAAUCCUAUUAUAGAAUCUAAAAGUGAACAAUCAAUAAAUAGUGAUGAAACAUCAUCACCUAAUAAUGAUAUCAAUGAUGAUGAGAAUAUGAAUUCAGAUGAAAAACAAGAUCGUCCAAAUCGUUCAAGAAUAAAUCGACCUAAUCAACAACAACAAAAUUCUAUGCCUAUUGAAAAUCGUAAUCGAAGAUAUUAUGAUGGAAAUACAAAUAAUAAUAAUAACAACAACAACAAUAAUAAUAAUAAUCCAAAUAAUCGUCGAUUAAAUGAUCGUGAUCGUUCAUCAUGGCAAGAUCGAACGAAUAAUAAUAAUAAUAAUAGUGGAAAUAAUUCAAAUUCAAAUCAAAAUAAUAAUCCAAGAUUUCGAUCUGAUACAGGAUCAUCAACGAAUCAUGGUCCACCAUUAUGCAAAUUUUUUGUUGAUAAUCGUUGUAUGAAAGGUAAUGAUUGUCUAUUCAGUCAUGAUUAUAAACCACAAAAGAAAAUGGAUGUGUGCAAAUAUUAUGUUCAAAACAAAGGUUAUUGUCAAAAAAAUGAUGCAUGUCCUUAUUUACAUGGUGAAUUUCCAUGUAAAUUUUUUCAUACCGGUACAAAAGAUUGUAUACAAGGUGAUCGAUGUAAAUUUUCACAUGAUACAAUUACAAAUGAUGAAAUUCGUUAUGCAUUUGAACGAUAUCUUAAUGACUCGGAUGAAAUGAAUCGACAAAAUCGUGGAAAUUCUAAUAACAACAACAACAAUAAUAACAAUAAUAAUAAUAAUAAUAUUCAUCAUAACAAUAAUUCUCCAUCAGUUAAUUUUGAUGUUAUUGGUGCUCCACCAUUACCACCUCCACCACCUAUUCCAGGUUCAUUAACUGAUCCAUCGAAUUUUUCAAUGAUACCAAAUUUAAUGGAUUUAUUUCUUUUACAAAAUGGUCGAUUAUCAACGCCAACAAAUAAUGAUUCAACAAAUACAGAUACAACAACUAAUAUUUCACAAUCAAGUCCACCUAUGAGACCUAGUCUAUUUAAUGACACACUUUCGACUGAAAAAACUGAUAAUGAAGAAUCAAAAACAACUUCUUCAACGAACAGUACUAGUCCAUCAUCAUCUAAUCAAAAUACGACAUCAACUAAUGACAGUACAACAGCAACUACAAAUACAUCUUCGAAUGCAACUCCUUCGAUAACAACAACAACAACAACAACCACAACAAAUUCCAAUUGUCCAUUACCAUUACCACCAACAAAUGCUAAUAAUAUUAAUCUAUCAUCACCAUUUGGUCGUUUACCACCACCAAAUUUAACUCGACCACCAAAUUCACUUUUGCCACCACCACCACCACCGCCUGGUUUAUUUCCAAUGAAUACACUUGGAACAGGACGUGUACCUAUUCUAUUUCCAACAAAUAAUGGUUUACCUAUGCCACCUCCACCAGGUUCAUUACUUGAUAUGAAAUUAUUAGCUCAAGCUGCUGCAUUAGCUGCUGUUAAUGCUGCUGUAGCAAAUAAAUUUACAACAACAUCACAUCAUCAAUCUCAAUCAUCAAGUCCUCAAUUAGGUCGUGAUAUUGAUGAACGUGAUCGUCAAUCAUCGACAACAAUGCGUGGAGAUAUUGAUGAACGUCCAUCCGAUGCUUAUAAUCGUCCACCAAGCAAUCUUGGCCUUCUACAAACAUCAACAACAGCAACAAUACCGACAUCAAAUAUAAAUUCACCCACAUCAUCAUCAUCACCAACAAUGUCCAUUAAUGAUGAACAUUCAAAAACAAAAACAAUAACAAUUCAAGAUAUGUUUCGUUCAACAAGACCAACAUCUAUUGAUACAUUACCAAUGCCAACAACAACAACUAAUCCACAAGUUGGCCCAUCCUUUGAUUUUAUAUCUAUGCUUGAACAACUUAAACAACCACGACAAACACAAAUAAAUGAUAAUUCUCAUGAUUCACUUGAAAUUCGUAGUUCAUCAAAUCCAACAUCAGUUUAUAAUUUACGACGAGUACUUGUUUCAUUUAAACCAUAUAUGUUACCUGAUACAGCAACUGAUCCACGUAUUAGCAAAUAUCAAGACAAAAUGUCUCAAUGGUCUGAACAAGCAAGAUUAGAACGUUUUAAAACUCCAUCAUCAUUAUUAUCAUCAUCAUCACAUAACUAUUCUGUACCAUUAAGAACACAACAACAACAACAUCAAUAUCAACAACAACAACACCAACAAUCAUUAAUAAGUGACACAAUUUCUUCACGUGAUCCACGUUUACUACGAAACAGUGUACCAAGUAGUAAAAUAGGUGUACCAUUACUUUCUACAUCAUCUCCGUUUGUUCGACCAAACGAUAAUAUGCUAUAG